AUGUCUGCACCGCGCCAGUUCAAAAUCAACCGCGGCCGCUUCAGCCGGCACUACACGGUGCUCGACCCCGACGGCAAGCCGCUCUACUACGUCGACCAGUCCGUCUUCACGAGGAGCAAGGCCAACCUGACCCUGCACGCCGGCGGCGACGCGUCCGGCGCCGUCGUCGCCGUCGCGCACCUGCCGCGCUUUUCCUUUGACGCCAAGAUCGGCCUCGGCGACCCCAGCUCGCCCGCCAUUGUCUGGGAGGAGCUGAGCCGCGAGUCGCGGGACGCGUCCGCGCACGAGUGGUCCCUGGCGCUGCCCGCCGGCGCAAGCGCCAACGGCGGGAGAAAGACGUUUGUGUGGAAGCGCACGCACAAGGUCAGCGCCGACGGCAUGGAGUCGUCGGCGCUGAAGAUGCGCGACCUCAAGCUCGUCGAGGUCGCGACGGACGAGGUCGUGGGCGUGUUUACGGGCACGCGCGGGUGGUCCUCGUGCGGCGUCUUGCAGAUCAACGUAGGGUACGGGCAGGAGUUUGACAUCAUGGCCACCGCGACAAUGCUGGCAAUCUAUGAAAAGGCAAGGAGGAGAAGAGCGGCGGUCGCGGCGGGCGGUGCCUCGAGCUAG